ACACAUGUUAUUGUGAUCUCAAUCUAUUGAAGUUCAUAAAUGCAUAUAUUUACGAGUAAUUUUCAUUCAAAAUAGUGCCAUCUAUUAGAUUUAAAUAUAACCCCUAGUGAGAAACAAACGAUUCCAAUAUGGCGAAUGUGAGGGACAGUGAUACUUCGUUGUGGCUUCAUAACAAGCUUGGAACCUCUAAUGAUAGCUGGACUGGUAGUUCAAUUUGUUCUCAAUUAAACGCAGAGGUGUUAAGAAACAUCAAGGACUGUUUUCCAGAUUUACAAACACAAGUUAAACUUAAAUUACUCCUUUCGUUCUUCCACAUACCUAGGCGAAAUGUUGAAGAGUGGCGCGUUGAGCUGGAAGAAAUCAUUGAAGUUGCAUCGUUGGACAGUGAGUUAUGGGUUUCAAUGCUAUCCGAAUCGAUGAAGACGUUUCCUUCUACAGGAUCAUUAAAUACAAAUAUUACUGAUUUAGAUGAACAUAGACCUAUUUUUGGAGAACUAGUUAAUGAUCUAAAAAAAUUAUUGAAAAAGCAGAAUGAUCCUGCAAUGCUUCCAUUGGAAUGUCAUUAUUUGAAUAAAACAGCUCUGAUAUCUGUGGUAGGUCAACAACCUUCACCUGUUAAACAUUUUACAUUGAAAAGAAAGCCAAAAAGUGCAGCUUUAAGAGCGGAAUUGUUACAAAAGUGUAAAGAUACUGCAAGUAAUAUAAAAAAAAGUACCGCACCCACUGUACCAGUACGUAGUAGAGGAAUGCCAAGAAAAAUGACAGACACAACACCUCUCAAAGGUAUUCCUAGCAGAGUUCCAACAAGUGGCUUUCGGUCUCCUUCUCUUACAAGUUCAUCGAUGUCAAGCAGAACUCCUAUUAGUAGUAGAAGUCGUAAAGAUGGUGGUAUUAAAUUGUUGGACAUUAAUGAACAACCUCUUGGAUAUGCACAAGCUAAAAAGAGAAGGCGAAUGAUGGAAUUAGAAGAGCAACAGAAAAAGGUUGCAGAAGCUCAAGCAGCUGCAGCAGCUGUAGUAUCAGCAAAUACAACUACAGUUGAAACUCCAGCAACACCAGAAUAUGCUCAAGGAUUAGCAGCAAUUAAUCCACCUUCUACUCCUGUUACACCGGUGUCCACUGUUCAAUCCUAUGUGGCUCCUACCACUCCAAGCGGAGUUACACCUACAACUACAUCUCAAACUUCUACUACACCGUCUACACCUACAGUGCCAAGUACAGUAACACCAGUAACAACACCAGCAGUCAUAUCCCCUGUAGAAAGUACACCUGUUGGUGUACAAACUGUUAGGCCAGCACAGACAAUUACACAGAUUCGUAUACAAACAUCCGCACAACCUGUUAAUGCAGCAGCAAAUACGAGAAGAGGCUUAUCACUGACGCGAGAACAAAUGUUAGAAGCUCAAGAAAUGUUUAGAACGGCUAAUAAAGUAACGAGACCAGAGAAAGCAUUAAUCCUAGGAUUUAUGGCUGGUUCUAGAGAUAAUCCUUGUCCUAAAUUGGGCAACAUAGUGACAGUAAUGCUUUCGGAGAACAUAGAAGAGGUAUCUCAAGCAGAUGGUUCAACGGUACCAAUGUUAGUUGAGACUCACUUCCAAAUGAAUUACACAAAUGGCGAAUGGAAAAGGAUAAAGAAAAAUCGUCGAGUUGUAACAGAAGAAUCUACCUCGACGGCAACUCCUACUCCUAAUCCAACAGCUACAGCUUCCAAUUAGGCAAAAUAAAUAAAUAUAUAUAUAUAAAUAUAUAUAUAUAUGUAUAAAAAAAAAGAAGAAGAAAUUAUCGCGAUCUGAAAUAAUGCAGAAUCUUUUUAAAAAUACACUUCGCGUAUAAUUAUGGCCAUUUUUAAGAACGCACAUACAAUUUGGUCAUAGAGCAAUUUUUUUUUUAAUGACUUUAGUUAAAAAAAUACGCGUUUCAUCGUCAGUCCAUCAAAACUUACGUUUAUAUUAACGUAUACAACCAACGACAACAACAAUUCAUGUCAAUUUUGUAAUAAGGUCAUUCAAUCGAAUCAUAAUUCAAACAACAAUGGAUGAUUGAAUAAUACAAAUUUUAAAAUGAAACUAACAAAUUCGUUUGUUUCGAAUCAUAAAUAUUAAAAAGGAAGAACAAAAGUUUCCAAAUAAUGGAAACCUGAUGUUGGUGCUAACACAUUGUUCUUUUUUUUUUUUUUCUUUUUUUUUCUUUUCUUUUACAAAUGUUUC